GCAAAAUGCUCUUUUGCCAUGAUCCUGCGAACUUCGAGCUCUCACCUCGGUUUCUCUCAAAGCUGGUGGAGGGCGGAACAGGGGUCGGCUUGCUGCAAAGAGCACAGGCAGACGUGACCCGACGUGCCUUCCAAUUCUGGCGUGAAACAGGACGAUCAGAUGAGAAUGCAAAUUGGGUAGAUGCUGAAAGAUCGCUGGUUCACUGGCGCUCGCUGCCAGAUUUUGAAGUGGAGAACAACACCGAUGACUCGCCGAAAGGCCAAAAGCUUGAGACAGUGGCACUAGAAGACGUGGACUUUGACUUUGCGCAUUUGAGUCGCAGAGACCUCAUCGAUUUGUGCGCUGCGAUGCAGCAUAAUUUGCGGACGACGAAGUCAGCAUUCUCCGAGGAGCGAAGUGCUGUGAAGGCAUUGCGCAAGGAGCUUCAGCAUGAACGAGCACGUCUGCAGCGAUUCUCUUGCAAGCUCAUUGCAACAGAAAGUGAGCUGUACAGGAGAAAGUCAGAGUCCACGCAGGAACGACAAGUUCCUUCCAUGCCAUUGGACACCGUCAAGCCAAGUGAAGGGAUGGAGCAUUUCAAGUUGACGCCAAGAGUGCGGAGGAGAAGAAUAGUUUCCCACCCACAGAGAACAUGUAGUAGCGAUUGUGAAGCGUGCGAGAUCAACAAUGAAUGCACGACGCAAUGCGACUCCCCAACAGGUGCUUGGUGGUUCUCCGAUUCUGAAGAAGAUCACCAUGUGAUCGAUUCCGAAUUUCAGGAUUUCCAAGUUGGGAAGUUCGACUGUUCAGACCGUUCUCUGGAUGAUACCAUCUGUCCACAGGGUGACAGCAACAUGAAUCUUCCAAAGUCUUAUGGGCCUCUCUAUGACUGCUACGAUCCUGACACGAAGGACAAAGGAGAUAGCAAUCUGGAGAACACAGACGAUUGGUCCAGUGACGAAGACUUUGACUUCUCUCUGCCCAAAGUUUGGCGGUGAUAUUUCGUUGGUUUGCUCAGCCAAGCUGCAGCAGACUUGGUUUGUUCCAAAAUUGAGGAUACCCUGAAAU